UAUGGGCCCAACGGAGCCGAGGAUGGAGUUGUGGGUCCUCUUGCGAACGCCUUCAUGUCCCUUCCUGUACAAGUCAGCUGAUAAACUCUAUGGUCACCAGGCUCGCGCAAUCAAAUGUAUAAAAAUACGACUUAUCAGAAUCCUAGACAGCGAACUGGUGACCAUAGACGGAGGAGUUCACGUCCACGAAAGGGUCUUAGCUCCCACUUGCAUUGCAGACUCUUAUCAGUGACCGUCUUCUCGUAACAAACCUGGGCAUAACUCUUAUCUCCAAGUCCUGCAAUCAUGACUUCCAACGCUUUCAGUAGUGCUUUGCCUGAUCUUUACGAAGCUUCAAUUGCAGAACUCCAAGAUGGUCUAGUACAGGGACUGUUCAGUAGCGUUCAGCUUGUGAAAGCCUACCUUAGUAGAAUUGAAGAAGUUAACAUCGGAGGUCCUGCAUUGCAUGCAGUCAUAGAGACCAAUCCGAAAGCCUUAACACAAGCUGCAGCCCUUGACGCUGAACGAAAAGAAAAAGGCAGCCGUGGGCCAUUGCAUGGAAUACCAUUAUUGUUGAAAGACAACAUUGCUACGUUGUACGAAGAAGGAAUGAAUACUACUGCAGGUUCCUAUGCGCUGCUGGGCUCUGUUGUUCCUCGAGACGCAUUUGCAGCAGCAAAAUUACGUGAGGCUGGAGCUAUAUUCAUAGGCAAAACGAACUUGUCCGAAUGGGCUGGUGCGAGGUCUAUUACACUUCCUCGUGGAUUCUCAGGGCGUGGGGGGCAGACUCGUUGUCCGUACUAUCCGAACGCUGACCCAUUUGCUUCGAGUUCCGGAAGUGGUGUUGCGAUGGCUGUCGGUCUGGCAGCUGGGUCUCUUGGCACAGAAACUCAUGCCUCUAUUGUAGCCCCAAGUAGCAGGAAUAAUAUUGUGGGUAUCAAGCCUACUGUCGGGCUGGUAUCUCGUUCAGGUGUGGUGCCUUACUCAUCUAAUCAGGAUACUCCUGGUCCGAUGUGUCGCUCUGUCACCGACGCCGCCCUGUUGUUGGCUUUCAUCGCCGGGCCUGAUCCUCGGGAUGAAGCUACUUUGCGCCAGCCUGGAAUAGUCCCAGACUACAUGAAAGCACUCAACAAGAAUGCCCUUAAGGGCACUCGCCUUGGAGUGCCUCGUGCCUUUAUUCGCAAUAUAAAGGCUAUCGAGGAGACGUUCAACUCCUCUCUUGACGUCUUUCGAGCUUUGGGCGCGGAAAUCGUUGACCCUGCAGAUUUUCCGAAUGGAGAGGAACUACUGGCAUCGCAAGCAGAGAAGCUGGUGAUGACUGUGGACUUCAAAGUUGGUAUCAGCAAGUAUAUAUCGGAAUUAGUCGAAGUCCCUACAGGCGUCAAGACUCUCGCUGAUCUGAUAGAAUUUAACAAGAUCAAUGCAGACCUAGAACUUCCAGGGCCAUUUUACACAGAUCAGUCUCGAUUUAUGGACGCGGAAGGUACACAGGUUGAUGACGCAUAUUUUGCAGCACUGGUUCGAAAUUUCGACUUGGGACGCACGAGGGGAAUUGACGCCACCCUGGCCAAGUUUAAUCUUGAUGCCAUAAUUCUACCUACCGAUGUACUGGAGCCCAAACCCACAGCGAUUGCGGGAUAUCCGUUGAUUUCAGGCGAGUACUUCAUAUGGUAAUGCUUAUGCCACUUACACCAUCUAACCGUUUAAUAUCAGUGCCUCUUGGCUUUCAGCCAGAUGGGGUUGAAGUACUGCCUGCGACGCCAUCUCCACUUCACAGUCAAGCUCCGGGAAUUCCUUUUGGAAUCGC